AUGACGCAUAUAAUCGCCAACCCGGAGGCCUUUCUGGCCUUGGAGGGCGUUACGAUGGUUAUUACCGGUGGUGCAAUUGGGAUUGGGAGAGAAGUUGUCAUUGAAGCUCACCGACACGGUGCCAACGUGGUGAUUGGCGACGUAGCAGUAGAGGCAGGUGAGAGCUUAGAAAAGAGCCUCGACUCUCGAUGCGUAUUUGUCCGCUGCAACACUGCAUCUUACCAAGACCAGCUCUCCCUCUUCAAGGAAGCACAUAACAGAUUUGGCAACAUCAAGGUCGUCGUUGCAAACGCUGCCAUCGUCGGCUAUAGCGACUGCUUUGACGAUAGCGACGACAUCGAGGUCGAGCCGUCGAUGCGGGAAGUGGACAUCAACCUUGUUGGAGUCAUGUUCACGGCGAGAAUUGGGCUGCACUACUUGCGGAAAAGCGGUGGAGGCGAUCUCAUCAUGACUAGCAGCAUCGCAGGGUUCAAGGAGACGGCUUACCUGACCCCGUAUGUGGCCAGCAAGCAUGGGGUAAUUGGAGUUUUGAGAGGCCUGCGAAUCAAUGCCCCGGAAGGGAUCCGAAUCAAUGUAGUCUGUCCCUGGAUGACUCGGACCGGAAUGACCAAGGGCAUCGAGUCGGGAUGGCUCGAACGCAAGCUGCCGGUCAACGACCCUGCAGAUGUUGCCAGGGCCAUUCUUAUUUGCGCGACUGCCAAUAGGGCGCAAUCUCAAAAGAAUCACCAAGGGAUAAAGCUCCCCUUUCACGGGAAAAUCAUAUUCGUUGGUGGCGGAGAGGCCUAUGAAAUUGAAGAUCGUCUUCAGUCUUUGGAGCCCGAGUGGCUCGGAGAGGAGAAUAGCCAAGUUUUGAAGCUGGGGCAGGCGUAUUUACACAACGGAGAGACGGGUUGGUCCCAUUAG